ACGCCCUGAGCCGAAGGCAGACGCUUAACCGUUGUGCCACCCAGGCGCCCCCAGAGAAGGGUUUAAAAUCUAAGGAUCUGCCAAGUCUGUUGGAGUGCAACCCUGAGCUACUAGAGCACGUCUCAGGUGAGGGAUGAAAACGUUUGCUUGUCAACAUUGCAAAUCCUUGGGGAGUUAUUUGCUUUUCAUGGCAUAUUGAUCACAAUAUCCAGAAUUCUGGUUUGCAUUCAAAUGCAGUGUUAAAGAUUAAUUCAUAACAGUAUGGUGUGUUAUAUUAAUGAUGUAGCUAGAAAUUAAAGAUGAGUAAAGUACAACAAUCAAAUAAACACGAUCAUUUGGCCCAUUAGGGCAAGCUGCAAAAUGACGUGUAGCCAAUUUUAAUUUUAGAGAAUUUUGAAUGUUGAGGGAAUUUAGGCUUUUUGAAAAAUAGGUUCAUUUCGUUUCUAAGUACUCUGUUGUAGAUUUAGGAUUUAGAGAAAGAUAGUUUCCUUCCCGGUGUGAAGAUAAGCAGGGUCAGCAGAGGAAAUCAGUUGUCUCUGAGUAGGCUAGAGAGAUCAUACUCGUGAGUCCUUACGGUCUGGUCAGUGUUAGGUCUUCCUAAACAAUCAGAACUCUGUCACGGGAUCUACAAAUUUUCUGGGGUAUUGAUCCCAUUUGUGGAUAACCAUCCUAGAAUUUUCAUGGUACUUCUUGAGUGGCUCUUUAGUGAGGAGCUUUCUGCAUUAGAAUUCGUGAAGGAACAUCAGAACCUAACCUAUGAUUUCCUUGUCAACUGUGAGUUUUUCUAAAAGUGACCUUUUGGCAUCUGAGGGCCUCCUUCAACUUGGGCUGCACUCCCGGGGUAGUCACAAGGACUUCCAUUGGCUCUCCAAAGCUCAGGGGAAGAGCUGCUCUCUGAGUCGCUACCAGUAGUUUGAUUAGAGGGCACCCAUUUAGCUUGUGGCAUUUUGCAGGUGUUCUCCGGAAUCUCAUCGGUUUUUCAGAAUUGUCAAAUCUAUUCAUCUAUUCAGAGGUAAUGGUGUGUUUCAGAUCUUCAGGACUUUGGCAGCACAACUCAAAAUAGAGGAAUUAAGAGUAAAUCAAGCAGCAUUAAAGAGUCUAAUAGGAAGGAGUGGGGUUUAGAGCACAUCAGUGGAAAGCCUCAGUAGCAAUUAGGGUUCCCUUAACAAUUGUGAGGUUCUGGCAGGAGAAAUCCUGUGUCUAGCCAAACUCAGGAUCAGGUGGUAGGAAAUGAGUCCUUGUUGGAUAAUUCUUCUACUGGCAGUCUUUCUUUUUUCUGGUUUUGAUUGUUAAGUAGUUCUCUAAAUGUUCUCUUUGUAAUGGGUAAAGUGCUUGAAUCCGAAGAAGCUUGAAUCAAAUGCAGUUCACAUCCCAGAGUCUGUUUUGUAUUUCUUUUGUUAUCAAGUAUGAAAAUACACCUUAAAUAGUCCUCUGUCCAGACUCUUGUACGGUUCAGGGGCUGAGGUGAGCCGUGUACCUUAGGUUGGCAGGCGUUUCUGUAGUUCAUCUCCAUCAUGGGCGAGAAGGGAUGUUUCUAGGGGCAAUUUAAAAGGGAGAGCAGCAGAAAUAGUUGUAGACCAAAUGUAGGCAUUCCAGUGAUGGAAUUUCAAGGUGGAAACAUAUUGCCAUGGAAACAAAAAUUUGAGUAGGAGUAAGAAAUACGAAGAAUUGAGGAGGGAAGUCUAUUUGGAAAAAACGAAGGAAGGAAAAAUAAGUUUUAAGUUCAACUCAUUUAUAAUUGUGUUUGCCAAGUCAGCAUUCACAUUUGGUCCUUUUCACUCAACUUGUGAGGGAAGUAUAUAUACAUAUAUAUUCUUAACUGGUACCUGAACACUUAAAGAUGAACUGCCCUUUAACUAGACUUAAGUUUGUUAACUAGACUAAGCUCUUAAAGACUUAAAAUGAAGGUCAGAAACUGCCCUUUUCAUCUCUUACUGUGCCUUCACAGUGGAGAAGCUCAGCAAAUGUUUUCUGAUUAAUAUUUUUCAUUCAGUUUCAUUUAAAAAAUGCCUUCUGAAUACCCGUUCUCUGCCACACGUUGUCCUAGGAGCUUUAGGGACACAGACCACAUAAUAUGUAGUCUCUUACAUGAAGAAAGUUUACAUUUGAAAACAGAAGGAGAUUGCAGCAGGAAGAGUAAUAUUAGCUAACAUGUAUUGAUUACUUAUUUGCUAGAUUUACUGUUUUACGUAUGUUAUUUCAUUUAAUUCUGGCAAACCCAGAAGGUUAGGUGUUAUCCUUUUCUUCCUUAAAGAAACUGAAUGUGAAGAAAGAUACGCCAGUCAUUGUGAGAACUACACAUGAACAGCAGAGGCCACCAAGGUGCCCAGUACAAACCACAAGCCAGGCUCUUAAAUAUACCUUCGUGUUGCCGUCACAUGAGUGUGUGAUGAGCAGUACCGGGAAGUACAGAAGUAUGGGUAUUUAAAAAUAAUAAGACAUAUCUUUCCACGGACUGAUCUGUUUCAGAAGAUCUGGAAAAGCUUCAGAGUGGUGACAACGGAUACAGACCUUGAAAGGGUCAGUGUAGGCACAAGAGGAAUCAUUCUAAGCUGAGGGAAUAGCACCAGUCUCCAAACGUCCACAACUACCCCGAUAUGGAAGCUGUUCCCCUGUUGCUAAAUAAUGUGAAAGGGGAGCCCCCGGAGGACUCAUUAUCUGUAGAUCACUUCCAAACACAAACUGAGCCAGUGGACUUGUCAAUCAACAAAGCCAGGACAUCCCCCACAGCCGUUUCAUCCUCCCCGGUUUCCAUGACAGCGUCCGCCUCCUCACCUUCUUCAACUUCAACCUCUUCAUCGUCUUCUAGUCGUCCAGCCUCCUCCCCCACUGUUAUAACAUCGGUAUCUUCAGCGUCAUCUUCGUCAACAGUAUUAACUCCAGGGCCCCUUGUAGCCUCCGCAUCUGGUGUGGGAGGCCAGCAGUUUUUGCACAUUAUCCAUCCUGUACCGCCUUCAAGUCCCAUGAAUUUACAGUCUAACAAACUGAGUCACGUUCACCGCAUCCCUGUGGUGGUACAGUCGGUGCCUGUUGUCUACACAGCUGUGCGGUCACCUGGAAAUGUGAACAACACUAUCGUAGUGCCGCUUUUGGAGGAUGGGAGAAGCCAUGGCAAAGCACAAAUGGACCCCCGAGGCCUAUCUCCCAGACAAAGUAAAAGUGACAGUGACGAUGAUGACCUGCCAAAUGUGACCUUAGAUAGCGUUAAUGAGACUGGAUCUACGGCCCUUUCCAUAGCCAGAGCAGUACAAGAGGUACAUCCGUCCCCAGUAUCAAGGGUCCGGGGAAAUCGAAUGAAUAAUCAGAAGUUUGCUUGUUCAAUUUCACCGUUUAGUAUUGAGAGCACAAGACGCCAGAGACGGUCUGAAUCCCCAGACUCCAGAAAACGGCGUAUCCACAGAUGUGAUUUUGAGGGAUGCAACAAAGUAUACACGAAAAGUUCUCACCUGAAGGCUCAUCGAAGGACACAUACAGGAGAGAAGCCCUACAAGUGUACCUGGGAAGGCUGCACCUGGAAGUUCGCUCGCUCGGACGAACUGACAAGGCAUUACCGCAAACACACGGGAGUGAAGCCAUUCAAGUGCGCGGACUGUGAUCGCAGCUUUUCCCGGUCGGAUCACUUGGCACUGCACCGCCGGAGGCACAUGCUGGUGUGAGGAAUGCUCCCCGUCCAGCUGGGCGUAAGAGCUGGGUCUCUUAGCGGCACCCCAUUCAGCAGGGCUGAAUCCCCUCCACAGUGUUAACACAAAGGGCAUCACCAUCCCACGAUGUCUGAAACCAGAGCAGGAAAAAGAAGGAACACUUCUCCCUUUGGUCUGAAGGUAACCCCCAUCACGACUCCACGAGAAACGUCUUCACGCUGGCCUGGGAGAUCGGUGACACAAACGCUGAAGAGACAGGCAUUGUUUCCCGUGCCGUGUGCUCUGCCAUGUCAAGGUGUUUGUAGCUUGUAUGUUUUCUGAGCUGUCAGACAUUUUGUUAUUGAUCCCUUAAAGGUCAUCUGCCGCCAGCUGAUGGCUAGAGCAGGACCUGUCCAGUUGGGAUUCUUCUCCCAUCAUCCCACCCCUCCCCCUCUUUUUACUGAAAUUUUAGUUACUGUCUCAGUAAGAUAGAACACACAUCCAAUCUGUUACCAGCGAGCAGCAUGAAAGUAGAGAAGAAGCAGCCUGUUGGAGAGUUCCAUGACCUGAAAAGAAAGGGGCACUCAGGCGGCCCUUGGCAGUAGUGUGACGGCAUUCUAGAUAGCGCCACCCGCCACUUGUCAUUCUGCCAUGCCCUGAAGAAAAACCGACAUUGAAUCUUUCAUUUGUUUGUCGUUGAUUGUUUCUGUUCUGUUUUGAUUCUGUUUUGUUCAUCUGUUCGAGCAGAGGGGCAGCGACAUUUCAGGUGGAGCGUAGUCCCGGUGUCUGCUCUGGCGUGGACCGGCACAGAGGUGUUCUGUAGUUGAAUAGGAAGAGCCUGUCUAAAAAAACUACUGCCCCACUUCAAACCGCAGUGUUCUGUCACCUAGGCAUCAUCUCUUCCUGCCCCUAGUAUUUGAUUACAAGGAAUCAGGGGGAAAAAAAAAACAACAACUUUCUUAGACACACUGGCACCAAGGUAAGAGGUGGGGCUGCCCAGGCAAAGUCAGUGAACAUGAAAAAUCAGACAAAGCAGAGAUGGAAUAACGCGCCUCUUGAGGAGAAAAGCAAUAAUGAAUAAAAGGACUUUCCUACAAUAACUUCACUGAGGACUCACGUUACCAAUUUUCAUACUUACUAAAGGGAUUGUAAAAAACACCCCAGCAUUUUAGAGGUCUUGGUUACAUUGACAGCACUGAGGUAAUCUUUCUGCUGUUUGUUGUCCUGCUUGGUUGAGUACCACAAUUAAAGAUUAUGCUCCCCUUUUCUUGUUUGAAAACAGUUAUUUGGUGACCAGAAAGGCCAAGGAGGCAUAGCAGGGAAUUAACCCUUGGGUUAAUGGGUCAGUUCUCCUUGGAACCAAGUCAGUGGAAAGGGAGUGCUCCCGGAGGAAAGCCUAACAUGGUGCUAGUUUCCUCACUUGGAGAGCCAAGGCUAAGUGCCUCUCCAUUAGGUUCUCCUAUACAGAUUUCCUUUUCUAAGCUGUAUCAGACCCCAGGGGUUCUGCGUUGGCAUGGACAGGGAUGUUGAACCACUCAUCCAGUGCUGAGGGUGAGGGGAGAUGACAGUCCCGUCAACCCCCUAAAAUUAUGAGCCUUGCAACUAGCGAAGUAUACAGUAAACAAAGCAAUACAUCACCAACAAGCAUUCUUUCAGAAAAAUUAUCAUAUUUUUUCCCCACUAAAAGCUGUUUUUUUUUCAGCUUUAUGUGGCCAAGGGGCUUGGUGACAUUUUUUGUUAUUGUUGUUGUUGUUAAGAUUUUUUAUAGCUUAGAUAUAAAAGGUUGCCAGCAUAGACCUUUGCAAUAUAUUUUAAUUAAAACACUUGAUUUGGGGAAUUGCACAAAUUAACCUCACAAUAUUCCUAGCUCAUUUUGAACAUUCUGAAAUAGUUUCCGGUGGGAGAACUGUCCUUUUUAGGAUCAUCUUCUAAUUCAGACAAUCUUAUUCUGACGAAGCAAGGAACGAUAAACAUUGAAACAAGGACAAUUUGUGUUGGAUGGUAUUAGAAGGGAUUGUUUUAAAGGUUCAAGCAACAGCAUAAUGAUGUUCAGGUCAAAUUCUAUCUUCAAAACUAUGUGCUCUGAAUUUCUGCCAGGUCUGAAAAACUCAUCAGGCAAUUUCCCUCAAACAAGGGCUUUGAUUCUAUUGAUAAAUAACUUCUUUUGCUACACAAUCUACUACCCACCAAGCGCUAUUUUUUUGUGGGAUUUUUUGUUUUGGUUUGGUUUUUGGUUUUUUGGUUUUUUACCAACUGGAAAGUUUUGUAUCUGUACUGUAUACAAUUCCUACUUCUCAUUGCCUGUGACCAUUUGGGGUAGAAAAGGGUCUCUUGCUGCUCACCAGCAUUGGUUCCUGGUCAGUGGCAAAGAACACGGGAGCGGCCAGCACGGCUGUGCAGCCCUCCCUGCUGGUCCUGGAACCGGGUUGGCAGUCAGUAGGUGAAUCGCCCAGGGGCAGUGUAGACUUGAUUCCAUUCUGCCUGCCCUCAUAAGAUGGGCAGAUCUCUUCUCUGCACAGAGAUGUCUUGAGAGAGUUACAGGUAGAAAUGGUUUUUAGAAUUCAUAGAACUGACAGGCAGUGGGAGCUUCCUGAGUGACAGCUUGAUUUAAAUUUAGCACAGAACUAAAUGGGCUGCUCCUCUCUGAUCGCAUAGGAAAGGUUCAGGGAAGUGAGCUUUUUCUCCUCACCCUCUGGAAGUGGAAACCAGACUGAGAUGGUAAGUUAACCGCUAAAACCUGUCAGCGUUACGCCAACACCCCCCCCCGCCCCCCGUGACAUGCUCGAUACUUCUAAAGAGAAAUCUAAGCACAAACAGUGAGUGAGUUGCUGAUCUCACCCCAGGACUGAAACUUACCCGAGGCUUGUCCUGGAACCUAGCAAAUUCUCCCUGGUGAGUUUUCUACUAAUGUGUCCCCACGGAAAGGAAAGCGGUUGGGGAGAGAAGGAAUUAGGAUUUUAGGUAGGAAUAUCUUCAGGCAUGGAGAAGCCGCCUCCAUUUCAUCUGUGUCCAUGCUAGCCUCUUUUAAAAAGCACAGUAGUAGAUGAUGGACACGCGAAAAGGCGCAGAAUCCACAGGACUUGUCCGUCCCCCAACUAGAAGCACUCUUUGGUUUUGACUUGGGAGCUGUUGAGCUCGCAGUCGGACGUGCGUGCGUGUUUGAGAACUGCUCCGCGGACGGCCGUGAUGGCUGGAGAAGCGGCGGUAGGCCUGACGAUCUCUGUGCGUUGUAGAGACGGAGUUCAAGCGAGUUAGCGUUCUUGGAAAUGUUACCGGUUACUCCGAGGUUGUGUAAGAUUCCCUCCCCAUAUUCCGAUCUUAAGUUGUGCGGAAGCCGACUCACGCUUCCCCAUCCCCCUCCAGCCCCAACCUGUCAGUUACGUGUGGACUCUGAGAAGCCUGCUUGAACGCUUGUCUUAAGUUCUAUUAAGACGUUUAGACUAAAAUUCCUCAUGGCUUUCCCAUAAAGAAUUUGCUACUGCCUGGCAUCACUUCGACAAAACACUAUAGGACAUUUAUUUUCAAAAGCAGUGGAAUAACAGUAACACAAACUGCAUUUUUAAGAAGAGCACUUUUUAUUCACUUGAAAGGUUAAAGGGAAAAUAGGAAGAGGAGUGUGAGGGGAAAAGAACUUACAAGAUGCUAGUGUUUACAAAUGCCAGUUCUAGGUGAUGAGAAAGGCCAUUCUCCUUGUGGUUGAAAUUUGGAAUAGCUUAUACAAAGAUUGUGUUCCUUUUUAUACAACUUUUUUUAACUUCAAAUUUUGCCAUUUGUGUUUUAAACGUAAAUAUAAUUCUGCACUUUGAAAUCAGUUCAUCAGAACGAUAACAUGUAUUUGGAUAAAGAUGCAGUAUUCCUUAUUCUGUACUUUAUUUAUUAUACUUACCAAAGCUGCAAUUGAAUAAAUCCGGUGAGGUGAGGCCUUCAGAUCUACUAAUACGCCUUCGUUAUGUUGUUAUGACUGCUUAGAAAUGUAGCCAUGAUGUUGCUAUAAAGGUGUCUUCACCGUAGAGCGAGGACUGACAGAAUUUAAGCAGUGUUAAGAAUGCCAGCACCCAUGAGACGCUGAGUUUUAGUCUUCAUGUGAGGGACUGAACGUGGGAGAACUCUCACGGAUCAUAUUAGGCCCGGGAAGCCUUAAUACUCAUAGUCCAUAGUCCAGUCUCCGAUUUUGCUCUAUACUCAAUGCCUGUAAAUUGAGGAGGUAAAUGUAUUCUCUAACGUCAUUGACCAAAUCUCUUCCUCCAGUUUUUUCCGAGGUAAUGCAUCUCAUUAAAAAAGUCUUUCAAUUUGAUUUGGUUCCGUUUAGCAAAGGGGUUUGGUAAGUCAUGUCUUCCAUAUACAUUUCUACUCAUCCCCACACUGCCUUCCACUUACCUGUACAGGCCCCCCCAGCACAUUCACGCCUGCACAUGCAGCAGCUAGUUAAAUAUCAACAAAGAACUUUUUUAAAAGAAUGAAUUUGUAAUAAUCCAUGCUGUCUAGAAAUGUAAGUUAUUUACCUUAUUAGGGAAUCAGCUUAUGAUGCUAUAUAUGACUUUGCCUGCAUUUUAUAGUUAAGAAGUGUACAUAAAAAUUUUAAAAAUGCUAUAUUUUCACAGUUUCAUUAUAGAGUAACGUCUGUUAGCAACCCAUGUCCGUUGGUACUUUACAUGUGCUGAAUACUGUGCAGUUGCAAUAGGAAUUCAGAUUUUCAUAAGAAAAUGAAAUAGGAGGAUACUGCAUCUUUAAAAAAAAAAUAGAGUGAAAAUAUUUUGCUGUAUUCGUAAACAUAUGUGAUAGUGGAAAAGUAUUUUCAAACUCGCAAAUUUUACAGAGGUUGUAAAUAGUUUGAUGAAGUAUGUUGGGGAAAAAAAAGAGCUUCUAGUUUUCAUCACAAUAAAAAAAAAAUAAACUUGUUCAGAUAUGCCUUGUAUAUCUUACAAUUAGCAAUAUUGCCAUGGGAACUCUGUUCUGCUUUGGCAGAGCCCAUUCCUUGUGCUCUGACAAAAUGGAGUGGCCACUCGUCUCAAUUUAGCCAGGAUGGUUUAAAACACAGUGAAGUCAUUUUAAGUUGCAAACAACUGAUUCCAAAUUCAAAAUGUCUUUGCCUGGAAAGGGGGAAAUAGCUGCAUAGGAACUUGUGCUAAAGAGAAACAUCUAGCAAUCGUUCUCUUUUCUCAAUUAUCUUCCUCCUCGAUGAACUAGUUCUUGAUGAGAACAAAAAAACAAAACAACGGUAAGGUGUUUAUUCUUGUUUGAUUCCAGAGGGAAUGAAGAGUUUUAAGAGUAGCUACAUGUUGACAAGAUAAAGUGCUAUGGUUAUGGCCACAUGUUAAAUGAAUCUGUACUGGCAAUAAGAAUAAUUAAUGCCCAUUUUCAGAAAUGAAUUAAAAACUGAAAGUGCCUGUCAGUAGAUAUUAUGACCAAUGAGAUAUUCCUAUACUUUUACACAGCAAUAAUUCUUCAUUAGACUGGGUUGUUCCUCCACGUUUGGGAUACACACACACACACACAGAGUGAGAGAAAGAAUAAAUAUAUGCACAUAGUAAAUUGAAUAUGUUCACAUAGCCACAAAAAUUCUUUUGUGAUUUUUAAAUAUACCUAAUCUUGUUUAUGUUAGUAUUUCUUAAUUUAAUCUUAUUUAUGGAAUGUAAGAAUGCAAAUCUGAACAUUAAGGUUCUCUUCAACAUACACUCUGGCAUAUGGCAAUUAUACUUUUAAGAUAAAAACUUCAUGGAUUUGCCCCAAACUUGCAAAACACUGUGCGUGGCUCAAAAAGUUUUGCUCAGUUAACAAAAGCCCAAUUUAUUUAGAGCAAAACACUAGAAAGAUUUGUUUGUUCUACUUUGUUUUGUCCACUAAGAUCAAAUGCACAAAUUCAUCCUUACAUUUCUUCAUUUCUUUUUUCCCUAAUAUUUUCUGUUACCAUACAAGAACCAUUUUGAAAUUAAUAUCCACACAGCCAUUUCUCCCCUAAAAGCCUACUGAAGACUGCUGACACUUAGUAAGCCUAGCUUUAACCAAGGUUUGCAGUUGGUCCUGGAAACUACCAGACUUAUAUUCAGAACUUCCCUACUUUUUCCUCUAAUUAUUUUACUGCUAGAAGUGGAGUCACGAAUAGAAAUAUACAAUGAGAUUAUACAAAUAGACAAGAGCCCUGGAAAUUGUCCAGUCUUACCAUCUCAGAGCACAAAUCCACCCAAACAAGCUAUUGAGGGCUAUCAGUAAAAUUAUACUCCUUCAGAACCAAACAUUUGGUAAGAGCAAUUUUAAAAAGUAUAACUGUGAUUAAACACUCAGGCUUUAGACAGUGAAGACGACCACGAUGGACAGCGAUCUACAUAUUUCUCCAGAACCAGACCGCAGGCCUAGGAAACCAUCUACUGUUUCCUUCUCUGAGUUUCAGAAAGAAUGAAAAGGAGAAGGAAAUGUGCCAGGAUAAGGUGUAAAAGAACCAAUAAGUGUCAAAGGAAAGCAGCUGGGUCCUUUAAUCUCACCACAGUCAAGUCUUCUGACUGCGCUGUUUUCCGCAAGGUGUCCGAAAGUGCUGAAUGGGAAGGUCUAAAAUUCAGCAAACCAUGAAAACAACAGCUAUUCUUUCUUAAGUCCUUACUCUAUACCAAGCAUUCUACUAGGCCACUUUUGGACACAUUAACCCAUAAACAGGUUUACAUUUUAUGGCUGGGAAACAGGCCCAGAGAGAGUUGGUGAGUUGUCUGCAAACACAAAAGGGAACAGCAGAGUGGGAAGGUAAAGCUACGCAUGUCUGGCUCUGAAGCCUGUAUUCUUCUACCCGUACUACAUUGCACUUGUCUUCCCAGCAGCCAAGUUGUCCUAUCUCUAACUGAAGUUGUUUUAUGGCUGGGUAGUCCUAUUUUCCAAGCACAAGACAGCGCAUGGUAGGACAGUGGUAGCUAAGAUUUGAAAUCGGUCUUUUCCUGGAAAGUCAUGCAUGAAGGAUCAUUAUAAACAAACAGUAACAACCAGUAUCCCUGAACUUGUCACUUUCCUCCUAAAUGUUUGGCCUGGAGAACCCAGAUCAUUAAAACUCUCCCCUACUGUGUGGCAUUUUAGCCAGAGGGGGUUUUCUCCAUUCUAUGUAUUUCUUUGUAAGCAUAGUAAAAACCUUUCCACCGGUAGACCUUCUAGAAUCUGCUCAAAUUGCAUUUGAAGUUUUCACCUCCCUCAAACGAGUCGUUAUUAACAGAGCCCACUCUUGGUGGCUGUUUCUGGGGUGGCAAUCACAAACGUUCAGAUGCUGAGCAAGGAGGGAGAACGGACAAUGCCUUUUCCGAUUUCUCGCCUGACAGUACCACCUUGGAAUGUUUUAAAUAGUCUUAUGAAUGUUUUGUUUAUAGUAUUGUUGUUAGUUUAAUUGAAUUUUCUGUAAGAAGCUGUCCAACAUCAGAGGAGUCAACCUCCACCCCUUUUCUGUGUAGAACAAGGUCCCUGACAAUAUUGAUCCACGGAAAUACUAAUGGGCUUAGAAAACAUUAAGAGAAUGUCAUUUCUCAUGGUGUUUCUUUUUUCUGAAAAUGAAUCUCCUGAAUUAUGAUCUUUCUCCCUGUUCCUUGGCCGAGGGAAGAGAUAAAACCUGUAUAAACAAAUGCCCUUCCGUGCUGAGAGCAAGUGUUCCGUGCGCACAAGCCACUGCGGGAAGCGGCUCUCUUCCCCGUUAACUGGGUUUCACAAGUACCAGUUUCUCAACAACCAAACCACAAUUUGAAGUGAGUUGAAAAGAGAUGAAUAGUGGCAAUAGUCACAUCAGGACUUUUUUUUUCUUUCUGGGUUUCAUCUGUAGAAACCGUAAAUGUUUUGAGACAACAGAGUCUGCCCUUUGUGCAAAGCAAGAACCAGUAACUGUGUGAAUACUACCUUGCUCUUUCCAAAGCAGCCCUACCAAGACUUUCACAGAGAUUCAUUUUUGGUGAGAAAUGAGGGUUCUAGAGGAGGGUAGGAUUUGGGUCAAAUUCUAGUCAAAGUGCUCAAGUAAUCCAGAAGUAAGACAUUUUAAGGACACACCAACAUCUUCCCUUUGCUAAUUUCAUGCUCCAAAGCUACAGCAUAAAACAUUGUAGAAAAAUGCUUUUGCCCUACUUGUGUUUCUAGUUUUCCCAUUGCAGGAUUUUGUAAUUACAUCCAGACUGCAGUAUACACUUUGUCCCUUGAACUUCAUUACUUUGGAUGGGUACCGUUGAACUGGGGCACUGGUGCCUAUAUUCAAGGCUCUUUCCUAUCAACUUGUCUGUCCGCAAUUUGUCGUGUUUAAAAAUCCAUUAAAAAAAAAAAAUCACCAUCCCCCUUCCCUCCCCAGAAUUGUGGCUGUAUUGUUUCGUCCAUGUCUAUGUGGGACACAUUGCAUCACACGGCAAACCAACUCUCUGUGGAUGUGAGAUAACUACUUACAAAACCAGCUUGAAAACAUCGUCUUAUGUAUUAUGUCAUCCUGCAUCAGAAUGCAAUUAUGUGUAUCAUAACAUACUCAUUUUAAAAAAAGAGAAACCAGCAAAUUCGUGUUUGUCCAUUGAAGAAUGUACUCAGAACUUUCUGUGUUGUGAAACGAUGAGAACAGACCACCUUUAAGAUACCCACCUGCCACUUAAAAUGACUUAGUUAUAAUUAGUAGUAGUCUAGACGCUGCUCUUGGCGUGUGGGGGUCAGUUCAAAUGCCACGUUCUUCUGAAUAAAUCUCUCACUCGUAUUUGAAAAAAAAAAAUUAUGGGAAUAAAGAAAAAUAUCAUCUUUGGCCAAAUCAAGCAGGCAUCUUUUUUCCUUUUCCUUGACACUUCGCUCAUUAUACAUGAUGACUGGAUCACAAGAUCCAUCUGCGGAAAAAUACAAAAACGUCCUUUAGUUUACAAAACAGUUAUUCUAGGCUCAAAAGCCACUGAAGAGUAAAUUGAAUAGAUGCGCUGCGUCUGAUUCACUUAACAGAUGUAAUUUCACAGAAGACUCUUGGGUCUCUGACCCCAGAGAGUUAGAAUGCCCACAGGAGGUCCUACGCAUUAAAGGACAAAACCCCCCCAAUGAUGCUGGCAAGCAAAGGUGUUCAUUUCUUAGAUCUUCAUUUGGCUUUCUGUUCAGUUUUAAUUGCAAAUGAAUUUAUUUCUCCAGCUUAUCUAAAGAUCUAAUUUCCCAAUAGUUUCCUCUGCAUUUAUAUACUCUGUAGUGUUUAGGCAGCCCCUGUUAUAAGUUUAUUAAUAUUAUGUAAGUGUUGUUCUUGUAUUUAUGUAUAGUGUAUGUAUUGUAAAUAUACUCAGAGCUUUUUUCCUUUUACUGUAAAAUGGUGAUUUUUUUUUUUUUUUUUGCCCUAUGAUAAUGUAAAGGGAGACCCUCCUAAUGAGAUUCUCUCAGAGGAUGAUUAUUCCAGUCUAUUCUCAGAGAUUUAAAUGAACAAGUGUUAUCGUUUUUAAUGGUGUCUCGGACAUAUUCUGUUGGUGCAUUGCUUUUCUGUAUUCAACUUUCCUAUGAAUUGAGCUGUGAACCGAAAUAGAGUUUAAACCUUUAACUGUAUGCAUUUGUAUAAUUAUCUGAAUGAAGGCAUGAAGGUUAAAUAAAGCAUUUUGUAUGGAACCAAA